AUGGACGAGUUAAAACAUUUAAGUAUCCACCAUACUGCUGUGAAACUUUCAGAUGAAAUACAAAAAAUGGAAUCGUAUAAAGAUCUCUACAAUGAAAUUCAAAAAUUAGCCGCUUCAACUGCUGUGAAGAAGGAUGAUUUUAGAAAUAGUUUAUUAACAGCAAUGAAAGCAAACGGCCUGGAAACAGAAUUGCGCAAUAUGGUAUACCAUUGGGUUCGAGCUCAGAGGAAAAUAGAAAUAAGCCAGUCGCCUAAUGAUCCCAUAUCCUUCUUAAAAAAAUGCCAAUUACAAUGGGAAAAACGAGUUCACAAAUCUUUGAACUCAAUGGGAAACGAAUUAUCAGAACCAUUAAUUCAAGAAAGAGACUCGGCAGAUAAGGAUCAAUUAACAAUGCAUUGGGAAGGGUUAAGCAAUUAUGUUGUGGAUUUAACCCAAUACCGACCAGUUUAUGCUCCUAAAGAUUUCUUAGAAGUUCUUCUAUCACUGAAUGGUCCAAAUGCAACAAAUUCAAGUGCAAAGACACGCUGGGAAUUUUCACAUAUACCAAUAAGAGUGAAGAAUAUGGCUCAGUUGAGAGUUCAUUUUUCUGAGCUGUGCCGUGUAACAGCAUAUUCAUCCAGAGAGAAUAAUCCUAUAUCAGAAAAAAUUUUGAGUUUCAAUCAUGCUCCACUUGCUCAAGAAGCUUUGAAAGCGGGUGCAGUGGUAUCUCACAGAGCCGACUUAUGGAAAAUUGUUUUAGGAAGCGAAGUUAGAACACAUCAUAUAGAACAUUUAAAUAUGUUAAAGACUUCAGUAUUAGAUAUGAAUUUUGUGACUGAUAAACUAGUUAUAAAAGAUAUACAAUUAACAGCAUCAAAUGAUGAUCAAUAUUUUGUGUUCGAAGAUGUGUUAUAUCAGGUCAUGUUAUGUUUCACAAGAGACACUAAAAUAAAUCAAAUACUAGCUCCUCUUAAAACUAAGCAUGGAGAGGGACCAAUUCAUCAGAUACCACCAAAUGGAAUCAUACCGUUCCAUGGAAUUUCUAUGUAUGCUGCUCCAUUCUGCUAUCUAUAUAGUAAUGUUGAUACUUUGUACUUUACGUUUCGAGCCUUUUAUAUCAGAUAUUGCCAUAGAUUGACUACUUUAUCAACACAUCCUCAGGGUAUAGUAUGUUUGUGUUUAUUGUUUGAAAGAUUGCUUCAAACACAUGAGCCAGAAUUGUGGUCACAUUUUCGGAAUAUUGAUGUUAAUCCGUUACGUUUGGUGUUUAAAUGGAUAAUGAGAAUCUUCAGUGGGCAUCUUAUUCCUCAACAGCUUCUGAUUUUAUGGGAUUUGAUUUUAGGAUACGAUUCAUUGGAAAUUGUGCCAUUGCUUGCAGUAGUUAUAUUCAGCUUUAGAAGAGAAAGUUUGAUGCAGGUUACAAAUCAGCAAACAAUGGAAUCAGUUGUAGCAGAUCUUUCAUCUGUACGAGUUCUGCCAUUAGUCCAAGUAGCACUUGUUCGGGAACAAUGA